CCAGAGUCUGCGCAAAACGAACAGGUCUAGUGGUCGCGCUGCUUGUGCUGUCACGAGCCUUGUCCAAGGCUACCGAGUAGUGAAUUGACAUAAAUUAUUGACGACAUCGAAUUGCCUUCGUUUAGCCAUCGGACAUACGUCAUUAUUGGAAUAGAUACAUUGUGGAAAUACGAUGGUAUGCUGACUGAUCACGGUCAACUGGUGAUGUUUUCCAAGAUUUGAUAUAGCUAGCUAGCCAGCUAACGUUAGCUGUUUAGCUAGCUUGCCGUGCGUGACUCACUGACACGAGUCAGAGAUCAGACUGAGUGGCAAUUUUUUGGCAUUGUGCUUUUUCUCUGAUAUCUGGAUAUAUAACGUUAAUAUAUUUCGCGGGUAGAUAUAAUUAGUUACAACUGCGUGUACUUUAACUGUCAUCUGGUCGUGAACGAAGAGAAGGUUUGAAUGAAUUUGCUAGCCAGCGGAAACGUCGGCUAGUUAACACGGAUACACUUGGAGUAACCAUACUGCUAGUUUGCUGAAUUGAUCAACGGCACUGUCAUCCAAACUAGCUAAUCUACAUACCUAGCAAGCUAUUAUAAACGUGCUAUCUUUGGUAAAACGCCAAGGAACAUAAACGGUUAAAGGUUGGUUAGCUGGCUAACUAGCUAGGACACAAGCUAACACACCCUGCACUGUAACACCUAAACGCCAGCUGACGUUUGAUAGCUGACCAUCGACAAUUCAUUUUUUUACGGGAAAGGCCGGAGUGAGGACAGAAACCAGCAAAAAUGCCGGCUGUGUCGAAGGGAGAUGGGAUGCGCGGAUUAGCGGUGUUCAUUUCGGACAUACGGAAUUGUAAGAGCAAGGAGGCAGAGAUCAAGCGGAUCAAUAAGGAGCUGGCCAACAUCCGCUCCAAAUUCAAGGGGGAUAAGGCACUGGACGGCUAUAGUAAGAAGAAGUAUGUCUGCAAGCUGCUCUUCAUCUUCCUGCUGGGACAUGACAUUGACUUUGGACACAUGGAGGCUGUCAACCUGCUCAGCUCCAACAAGUACACAGAGAAACAGAUCGGCUACCUGUUCAUCUCGGUGCUGGUAAACAGCAACAGCGAGUUGAUCCGCCUCAUCAACAACGCCAUCAAGAACGACCUGUCUAGCCGCAACCCCACCUUCAUGUGCCUGGCCCUGCACUGCAUCGCCAACGUGGGUAGCCGCGAGAUGGCCGAGGCCUUCGCUGGAGAGAUACCCCGCAUUCUGGUGGCUGGGGACACCAUGGACAGUGUGAAGCAGUCUGCUGCCCUGUGUCUUCUGCGUCUGUACAAGGCCUCCCCAGACCUGGUUCUGAUGGGGGAGUGGACCUCCCGGGUGGUGCACCUCCUCAACGACCAGCACAUGGGUGUUGUCACGGCAGCCAUCUCCCUCAUCACCUGUCUCAGCUCGAAGAACCCAGAUGAGUUCAAAACCUGUGUGUCCCUGGCUGUUUCUCGUCUGAGCAGGAUUGUGUCGUCAGCCUCCACUGACCUGCAGGACUACACCUACUACUUUGUCCCAGCCCCGUGGCUGUCCUGUAAACUGCUGCGCCUGUUGCAGUGCUACCCCCCGCCAGAGGAUGGCGCCGUGAAGGGCCGCCUGGUGGAGUGUCUGGAGACCAUCCUGAACAAGGCCCAGGAACCACCCAAGUCCAAAAAGGUGCAGCACUCCAACGCCAAGAACGCCAUCCUGUUCGAGGCUAUCUCACUCAUCAUCCACUACGACAGUGAGCCCAACCUGCUGGUGCGUGCCUGUAACCAGCUAGGUCAGUUCCUGCAGCACAGAGAGACCAAUCUGCGCUACCUGGCUCUGGAGAGCAUGUGUACCCUGGCCAGCUCGGAGUUCUCCCAUGAGGCCGUCAAGACGCACAUCGAGACCGUCAUCAACGCACUCAAGACUGAAAGGGAUGUGAGUGUUCGCCAGAGGGCUGCUGACCUGCUCUACGCCAUGUGUGACCGUAGCAACGCCAAGCAGAUCGUUGCCGAGAUGCUCAGCUACCUGGAGACAGCAGACUACUCCAUCAGAGAGGAGAUGGUGUUGAAGGUGGCCAUCCUGGCAGAAAAGUAUGCGGUGGACUACUCAUGGUAUGUUGACACCAUCCUUAACCUCAUCCGCAUUGCCGGGGACUACGUCAGUGAGGAGGUGUGGUACCGAGUCAUCCAGAUUGUCAUCAACCGUGACGACGUGCAGGGCUACGCCGCCAAGACUGUCUUUGAGGCGCUGCAGGCCCCAGCCUGUCAUGAGAACAUGGUGAAGGUGGGGGGGUACAUCCUGGGAGAGUUUGGAAACCUCAUCGCCGGGGACCCCCGCUCCAGCCCUCUGGUCCAGUUCAACCUGCUCCACUCUAAGUUCCACCUGUGUUCGGUGCCCACGCGCGCCCUGCUGCUCUCGGCCUACAUCAAGUUCAUCAACCUGUUCCCAGAGACCAAGGCCACCAUCCAGGAGGUGCUUCGCUCCGACAGCCAGAUCAGGAACUCUGACGUGGAGCUGCAGCAGAGGGCCGUGGAGUACCUCAAGCUCUCCUCUAUUGCCAGCACCGACGUCCUGGCCACUGUGCUGGAGGAGAUGCCUCCCUUCCCAGAGAGGGAGUCCUCCAUCUUGGCCAAGCUGAAGAAGAAGAAGGGUCCGGGUGCCGUGUCGGUAGAGCUGGAGGACGGCAAGGAGAGAGGAGAGCUCAACGGUGGAGGGGACAGGGCGGGUGACGCUGCCAUCGCAGCCUCUAACGCUUCCACCCCCUCCCCUUCAGCGGAUCUGCUUGGCCUUCGUUCGGCCGCUCCUGUUAGUGGGGCCACUCCCAGUGCAGGCAGCCUAUUGGUUGAUGUGUUUUCAGAGGCGGGGCCAGCUGCCACUUCUGCUGGCGUGAACGACGACGGCUUCCUGAGCUCUGCUCCCCCUACUGCGGCCUCUGAGGAUCCUGCCCCUCCUCUGCCCGAGUCAGACGAGCUUCUCAACAAAUUUGUGUGUAAGAACAACGGUGUGUUGUUUGAGAACCAGCUGCUUCAGAUCGGCAUCAAGUCUGAGUACCGUCAGAACCUGGGGAGGAUGUAUCUGUUCUAUGGCAAUAAAACCUCGGUGCAGUUUGUCAGCUUUAACACCACAGUCAGCUGCCCAGGGGAGCUGCAGUCUCAGCUCAACGUGCAGACCAAAACAGUGGAACCCCUAGUGGAGGGAGGAGCACAGGUGCAGCAAGUCAUCAAUAUCGAGUGUCUGACCGACUUCAUUGACGCUCCGCUGCUCAACAUCAAGUUCAGGUAUGGGGGAGCCCUGCAGAACAUCUCUCUCAAGCUGCCUGUCACCAUCAACAAGUUCUUCCAACCCACAGAGAUGGCCGCCGCAGACUUCUUCCAGCGCUGGAAACAACUCAGCCAGCCCCAGCAAGAAGCACAAAAGAUCUUCAAGGCCAGUCAUGGCAUGGACACAGAAGUGCUCAAGGCCAAGUUGCUGGGCCUGGGGACAGCCUUGUUGGAGAAUGUGGAUCCUAACCCAGAGAACUAUGUGUGUGCUGGAGUCAUCCAGACCAAGGCCCAACAGGUCGGCUGUCUGCUGAGACUGGAACCCAAUGCGCAGGCCCAGAUGUACCGGCUGACUCUGCGCAGCAGCAAGGACACCGUUUCCCAGCGCGUCUGUGACCUCCUGGCAGAACAGUUCUGAAACCCUGAGUCUACAACCCACCCAACGCACUCCAGGCCAUCAUCACCGCGCUCUAGACACCCAACACACCGAGACCAGUGUUUCAACCCCCCCCGAACAAAGAAUCAAUGAGAAGAAAGAAAAAUACCUACAUAAGGGGAAAAAAGCAGCCGUUGCCACUUACACGACUGCCCUAUUAUUAUUGUCAUUUAUUAUUUUUGCCACGAUUAUAAUUCUGAUUCUUAUUUUUAUUACUGUUUAUUAUCUUUGGCGCUACAAUUCUUGUUUUUUUUCUGGUGUUUACCUGCUUACCUAUAAGUGUGUGUGUGUGUGUGUGUGUGUGUGUGUUCCAGAAUCGUGCUGGUAUGUGUGUCCUGUUCUUCUCCGUCCUGUCUAAGCCCUGAGUACUCCUGUACUUCUGAUGACAGCUGGUGUCCGUGCCUGUGUGAUGCAUGGGGGAGGGUGGAAGAUUCUGUGCGUUGAUUCCGCGACAUUUCAACCUUAGACUAUUCCUGGGAGUUGCAUGGGAGGACCAGUUCUACACACACACACGUAAUACACACCCAGAUACUCUCACAUGUAGGCAGAUACAUGCAUAUAUUUGUACAUGCUUAAGUGUCUGUGUAAAGUAUCUGUAUAGGGUCCUCCUUUAGUGGGAGGGAGGGGUAAAACGAAAUCACUAAAGAAAUGGGACUCUUCUGUGUAAGGGUCCAAAACGACACUCUAAACCCCCACCUUCACCCCAACCCCAUCUCUUCUCCACCCUUUGCUGUCCCAGUCCCCCACCGGUUAUACAUUCCAAGGGCCUCUAUCAGUAUAAUCCCUGAGAUAUAAUAUUCCAUUAAAAAAAUUCGGCACAUUCCCAAGUCUACAGUUCCAGCUCUAUUCCAGUAGAAAUGGCCAGUGCACUUUAGGUGGUUCUAAGAGACCUCAGUCCUUCAAUACUCCUCAAACACAUACACACACCACUCCUCUCCCACUUCCCCUGUCUUUCUGGCGUGUAACCAUACUUUAUACAUAAACUCAAAUGAUUCUGUACCUGUUCAUGGUAUAUAUAUAUAUCUAUAUAUAUAUAUAUAAAAGAAUGUAAUUACUUUAUCUUUUUUGUUGUCAUCUUUACUUUUAUUAGUAGUGGAGUUAUUGAAGUGUUUGUUUCUUUAAUGGUGUAAUGUUGUUGCUUUGUGUGUGUGUGUGUGUGAGAGAGAGAGAGAGCGAGAGUAGGGAUAGCUGUACCCUGCGAAUUGGGUAGAGGGGUCAGCUAGAAGGAGAGCGAGAUUGAGGGAGAGAGUAGCAGGGUAGCUGGUUUUGUUUACAGUGUUAAUCAGACAGCGGUGAGGUUAACACUUGACUUAAACCUGUCAUAAAGCCUACUUACCACCAUCAUAAUGAAGUGUUUAUUUCAGAUUAGCAAUGUUUUUUGACACUUGAGGCAGGGAACAUUGGUUGAGAACUGACAUGGGCUGUUUUACGACAGUUUAUGAAAUGUUUGUCGUGCAUAAGCAAGCAUUGAGCAAGUCCCAUUGAUGGGGAGUUCAGGUGGUAGUUGGAAGGAGUUAGAGGGCAGUGGGCCAGUCCGUGUUCACAUGAAGAGUGAAGCGGCAGAGCAGAGGUCUAGUAUUCGUUAUUUAAAAUUUUUCGUGCUGAAAAGAGAGAUGGGAUUGGAGAGUAGAGUGCUGCUUGACACCGUGAUUGACUGAAAAAAGAGGAGUACCUCAGAACUUGAUCUCUAAACACGCACAGGCUUGUGCACACACACAUCACAAAUACUUACCUUAUGGUAUUAAUUGGGAGAAGAUAGCAAUCUGCAAAUAGAUUGAUUAUAAUCUUUGAAAAUACAACCAACCACAAAGACACUGGACAGCACUUAUCUGGAAACUCACAUUUCAGACACGCACCCACAUGUCCAUUCUUAGAGAUGAGAGGGAGGAGGAGAGAACUCAAAGACCAAUUGUCAAUCACAACUACCAGGAUCUAGUCAUCAGGGGUGGGCAUCGCGUGUGUGUGUCGGUGUACCACGUGAUAAAAAUAUCUUAAAUUAUCUUUGAGACAUGGUCAUAUUAGUUUCAACAGGAGUCACUUAUAUGUCUAACCCAUGCAGCAUUAGUUGGACAGUCUGAUCAUUGUAGUGGAAACUGUAGAAUAAUUUUGUGUGUGUGUGUGUGUGUGUGUGUGUGUGUGUGUGUGUGCAGUAUCCGCUAGCUAAUGCAGCCCUGUGUAUUGGUGUUAAACCUGUGAGAUACCUGUGUUAGAUUUAAGAUUUACUCUGUACUGAAUAAUGUGAAAGUAAAACUAUGCCAUAUACUCUA